AUGACAGCUCGUAGAAAGGGAGGAAAGGAGGGCGCUAAGCGACAUCGUAAAGUGCUUCGUGAUCACAUCCAAGGAACCACGAAACCUGCCAUCCGUCGUCUUGCUCGUCGAGGUGGUGUAAAACGUAUCUCUGGAUUGAUCUACGAAGAAACUCGUGGAGUCUUGAAAGUUUUCCUUGAAAACGUGAUCCGCGAUGCAGUCACUUAUACUGAGUACGCUAAGCGUAAGAGUGUCACGGCUAUGGAUGUAGUCUACGCAUUCAAGUGUCAAGGACGUACACUCUAUGGAUUUGGUGGUUAA